GGGAAGAUUGUGUACCUGUGAGGGUACCUGUAACGACUCCUCACAUGAAAUCAUAAGUCCCAUUGCGGAGAUUUAUCCACCAAGGAAGAAAGCACAGCUCAGAAGCCAGGUCGAUGUAGGGAUCGAUGGACAAUGGAGAAGAAUAAUUUUAGUGGAUCACCAACUACAGGAUGAAAGUUUUAGAGGCUAAUUGACUUCUUAGACUAAUUACGGUCGUCUCGAAAAUUUAUGAUUCGAUUGAAGAUCUACACCUUGCGGUAGAGACUCAUGAUCUACCGGGGCCUCUUCCAUUCAAUAGACUGGCUGUGUGGAGGGAGUGGAAGAUGGAUCGGCGUCUUUCCCAAAAGGUAAUUUUUCAAUUUAAUUUAUCAAAGGCGAUUUUGACAAAUGCGUUGCGCUCUCAUGGAUUGUGGAAGCGAUUUAGUAGCUCAGAAUAUGAGGAACUUGGCGCAAUCUUUCAGAUGACCUUCUAUGAGAUGAUUCGAGCGUGUGAAGAUCGUCGCAAUAUCUGGAAAAUAGGAACAUUUCACAAUGAUAAUGUUCGAAACUGGGAACCAGUUAUUGAGGGUAUAGAGAACAAUAAUCUAGUUCUAAGGCUCAGUUGCGCUACGAUUGUUGGAAUCAUUGACUAUGGCAAAAAGUGGUCUCCCGAGAACUGGAGCAUGUUAUUACUAGCGCCUAGAUUUAUGGAAUCCUAUAUGAGUAUACAUAGUGAUGGCGAACAUGAUGUUGAUCGAGAGUUUAUUGCCGCCUUUUCAGGCAUCAUUGAUCGUAGCACAAGAGAUAUUAUCCGUCAUUGAGAUAUUCUCGCAAAUUAUUUUGAAAAGCUACUUAGUGAGAGUGACACUAUACUAGAGCCUGACUUACAUGACCUUUUACUCGUGGAUGAUUGGAAGUAUUCCAAGUCGAAGAGAUACUUUUGGGCUUUGAACAUCCUAAAGGAAAUCGAAACAGACAUCGCUGCAGUCGUUUCGCAGCUUGAGGGGAUUCAUGGAUUUUUCGGAAAAUAUCGUCUGAAAAUACAUUUCCCUUUACCAGGAGGAAAAAUAAGUGCACAGCGGGAGAAAAUUGUUAAAGAGAAAUCAGGUUUGCCCAAGGAAGAUUUCAUUAGGAUACAAAGUCGUUUUAGUGAUCAACGGGAGCUUACUAAAGACCUCAGAGACGGCCUUUUCAACGCUAGUGAAGUCAUGGAAUCAAGAGCGUCGACAAGACUGGGAGAGAAUGUGAGAUUACUCACCUUCGUGGGCAUAUUCUUCCUGCCACUAUCAUUUACAAUGUCUAUCUGGAGCAUCAAUGAUAGCGCCCUGGCGCAUGUUGAUAUCAUGAUGGGUGUCGCGGUUGCAUAAUAACCUACUUGGUAGUUUUCA